AUGGCGAAGUCAAUGGAUUUAUCCAUUUUCAGCGUUCUGGUGACAGGAUCGGAUCGGGGGAUCGGCCUGGGUCUGGUGAAGAGGUUUCUGGAGCUCCCUUCUCCACCCAAAUGGGUCUUUGCUACAACCCUUGAUCUGGAGGGAGAAGAUAACCAGGAACUGAAGGAAUUAGCAUGCAAAUAUCCGAAUCUGGUGGUUUUGCAAUUAGAUGUCACUAAACUUGAGAGCGUCCAGGCGGUGGUGAAAGAAAUGCAGAAGUGUGUUGGAGAAAGUGGUUUGACCCUCCUUAUCAACAAUGCUGGCCUUACGGUGGGCAACGAUCUGGACAGGGAAAAUGCCAAGGACAUGAUGAGGGUGUAUUCUGUCAAUACUAUUGGGCCCCUGCAAAUGAGUCAGGCCUGCUUGCCUCUGCUGAAGAUGGCAGCCCGGAGAAGUCCAUGUCAAGGACUGAGUGCCUGCAAAGCAGCCAUUAUCAAUAUCUCCAGCAUCUUAAGCUCAAUUGAACUUAUGGAACGUUGGGACACUAUAAAAGUGGUUGCCUACCGCUGCAGUAAGACUGCUCUAAAUAUGCUCACCAAAUGCCAGUCCCUGGACUAUUCAGCUUAUGGAAUUCUGUGUGUCGCCAUCCAUCCUGGUCGAGUGAAAACAUCUGAAAGGGAAGCGGAUUUAUCUGUGGAAGAGAGCACGAAGGGCAUCCUGACUGUGCUGUCCAUGCUUUCUGAUGAGGACAACGGGACCCUGGUGGAUUGGUUGGGCCGCCGAAUUCCUUGGUGA